AUGGGUCGGCAAUAUGCCAGUUACCUUCGACUUGGUUUAGCCCAUCGUCUGAGAUGGUUUACCAGGAUAUGGAUGCUGCACAUGCUACAGCUCCUUAGAGACGCAGUUGAGAGUUGGGUCACAGAUUCUGAGGCAAUGCUGCCCCUCAACUUCUCAGGGCUGCUCUUGGCCUGCCUGCUGCUCACAGGCCUGGCCCGUGGUGAGUCUGCCCCCGCUGCUGCCGCUGCUGCUCUUCGGAGGUCCUGUCCUGAAGGGUCCAAGGCAUUUGGCUCCUACUGCUAUGGCUACUUCAGUUUUGAGGAGACGUGGUAUGCUGCAGAGCUUAGCUGCCAGAGACAGACCUCAGGCCACCUGGCCUCCCUGAUGAAUGGGGCUGAAGCUUCCUUUGUGGCCUCCCUGGUGGCUGAGAGUGGGGGCAGCCGGAAUGCCAUCUGGAUUGGCCUCCAAGAUCCUAACAAGAAUGGUCGCUGGUUAUGGAGCAGCACUGCCUUAUUCACCUACCAAGCCUGGACAAAAAAUGCCCCAAGCAGCAACAAUCCUGGAUACUGUGCAACCUUGACACCAGAAACAGGAUUCCUAAAAUGGAAAGAUCAGCUAUGUUUGAACAAGAACUUCUACAUCUGCAAAUUCAAACGCUAG